AUGUCGAUUAUUUAUGCCGACGUCUGUAGAAAAUCGGUCUUUUGGAUUUUUAAAACAGUUCUUUAUUACUCUGGUAGUGAAAAUCUCAGAGAAGUAGGCCAUCUACCAAAUUUGAAGAUUCUCGCCCUGACGAAUAACAAUAUUACGGAAUUGGGCGACAUUGAUCCUCUAGCAAAUUGCAAGAAGUUGGAAUAUGUUACUUUCAUAGGAAAUCCCAUAACUCAUAAGACAAACUAUCGCGCCUACAUCAUCUAUAAGCUGCCGUCUGUACGUGUCGUUGAUUUCAAGCGUAUAAGGCUGGCGGAACGUGAAGCAGCGCGUAAGUUGUUUAAAGGAAAACGAGGUCAGAAAGCUCGAGAUGCUAUCAAGCGUAGCACCAAUGCUCCUCGUGAAAUUGAGAGCGGUGAUAAUCCUAGAUUUAACGGGUCAACUCUAUCAGCGGAAGACAAAGUGAAAAUACAGAAUGCCAUCGCAAGCGCACGAUCACUGGCAGAAGUCGAGUACUUACAAUCUGUUUUGGCUAGCGGUCGAAUUCCUGAAAAAGGAUGGAAUAGGCAAAUGCUCCUUCCUACUGAUGCCGCGUCACCUAUUCAAAAUGGGCAGUAA